AUGUCAUUCCGCCAAACAUAUCCUCUCCUCUCCCAAAAGUCCAAAUCCAAAUCCGCCGCCUGGGCCGCGCGCCAGCACCGUGACCCCUUCGUCAAGAAACGCGUCUCCGACCCGCUGGCCUUCCGCGCGCGCUCCGCAUUCAAACUCCUGGAUAUCAACGACAGGUGGGGGCAUUUCCUCGACCAGCCGGACGUGCGCUCUGUUGUUGACCUCGGUGCAGCCCCAGGCGGAUGGAGCCAGGUCGUCGCGAGCAAGUUUGGGUGGACGCCGACGGCGCUUGAGGUUGCAUACUUGGUGGGUCGGGGACUGAAGGAAGAGGCUCAGGGUAAAGAAGGAGAAACUGAGGGGGAUUCCUCUGAAGAAAUCUCCGAUCCCGAGAAUGAGGAGCCAAACCGGGCUCUAAGGAAACGGUGGAAGAAAAACAGACGAGCCAAAAAGUCAGAACCGGAAUCCCUCAUCCACUACGACCCUCUCAACAUCGACGACUUCGCCUCCUUUUCCCCCUCCACCGGCCGCGGCAAGAUCGUCGCGGUCGACCUCCUCCCCAUAACCCCCAUCCCUGGUGUGCAGACCCUCAAAGCCGACUUCCUCCUCUCGUCGACGACGACGCAAAUUCAGCAACUCCUGGCAACCCCAGAGAACCCGCGCGGCAAGGCGGAUGUUAUCCUGUCUGACAUGGCUGCGAACUCAUCGGGGAACGUCACGCAUGAUAUCCAGUCGAGCCUUGAGAUCUGCGAGGCGGUGUUUGAGUUUGCUCGGUUUAACCUGAGAUCGGCGGAUAGUAUUGGGAGGAGGAAAGGUGGGGUGCUGCUCAUGAAGUUCUUUUCCCACCCUCUGCUCGAGAAGUUCCGCGUCGAAACCCUGGAGAGCUGCUUCAGCUAUGUCUACUACGUGAAGCCGGAAUCCAGCCGUUCAGAAUCGCGCGAAGGCUACUUCUUGUGUCAGGGCUGGAACCCUUGA